CCUUAGUUACUGUUACUACGCCCGUCAAGCUUUCUGUAGCCGACGGAGUGUUAGCGCAUGUCAUGACAGGGAUAGCUUCUUUACCAGUGCGUGUUAGUGACUCGUUUUGGAGCAAUACUUGCGCGAUAUCCUCCAGAUCGAGGCAAAAGGGGUUACAAUAUGCCGUGGAGGGUUAUAUUCAAAAUAUUACAAUACGUAAUGAAGGGGACACAACAAUUCUCGAGGCUAAAGCAUACCGGUCUCAAGCAAAAUCGGAGAAACCCCAUGACCUCUACCUCAAAUGCAGCCAGCACACCCUUUUGGACCAGUCCUGCUCCUGCACUGCAGGGUCACCAGGUUUUUGCUCUCAUAUUGUGGGCCUUAUGCACACCGUGGACCUGUGCCGUGUCAGAAAUGCUGACAUCUCCUGUACAAGCCAGCCCCAGCAGUGGCACAAAGCUAGGGGGAAAAAGAUUUAUGGACAACCUGUAAGCAGUAUGGUGGUAGCCAAGGCCAAAGUCAACCGCAAGCGGAAACCCAUCAUGUCCAGUUUUAUCCACAAUAAGAAAGAGCUAGGGACAGGAGUGUAUAAUCUAUUGAGGGAGAUGUCAGAUGCACCCAUAAGCUACAUUACAGAUGCCUCUGCACCUGAGGUCAAAGUUGGAGGCUGGAAGUAUGCUGUGGGGUGCGGUCUAAGCCACCAGCUGCCACUUAUUAGCCAAAUUGGCCCUGGAGCAGCUCCUGUCAGCCAACCAGAUGACUUUCCCAACUUUCCUCUGCCAUGCCAACCCACCAGCUUCUGCACAGUUCUUAAUAAAAGUGCCAUGCAGCAUUACACAGAACUGAGCAUUUCAUUGACGGAUUCUAUAGCUCUGGAAAGAGAAACCAGAAAAACUUUUGGCUGUUGUUCCAUUGCAUUUAACAAUGUAUGUUAGUUUCAACCUCUGAACAGAGUGAAUGUUAUAAUAAAGGAAGGAGAUGCAUUGUCAGAAAUUUA